AUGACAAGCAGAGGCUUUCAAAGGCAGACAUCAAAAAAAUGGUGCAAGACGCACACAAGUAAAAAAAUGGAGGAUGAGGAGUUCAAGGAGAAGAUUUCUACACGUAGCAAUUUGGAGGAUUACAUUUACAAAUUGAAGAACAAAAUCAAAAGCAUAAGAAGCAAAAUCAGAAGCGAAGACAUUGAAAAAAUGGAAAACGCGAUAGAGGAUAUACGCCGCCAAAUUCUUCAUGGAAUGAAGCUUGCUGAGGGUGUGAAUGGAACAGUUGAUGAGUCUGAUGAAGAAGAAUAUGUUCCUUCUUUAAUGGACAAAACAAUAUGGGAUCCUUUUUUGAAUGACUUGGUACAGGGUGAAGUGGAAUUGCCUGAAAUAUCAUCUGAUGAUGCUGAAAUGACCCAUUCAGAUGAAGAAUAUGACGAAGGAGAGCAUAAAGAUCAACAAACUUAG